UUUGAUAUAAAAUCCACAUAACCAAUCAUGGUCCUUGCUUAUCUUUAAAGAAGAAAAAAACACAGCCAGAAAAACAAAAAAAUGGGCGCUCAAUGGUCUAAACAGAUGGAACGCCGGAAAAAGAUUUCCGACGAGAAGAAAACAUUGCAAGAACUCGAAGAGAGCUCCGGCUGCAACUAUCCAGGUUGUGAUCACCACCCUAACGAUCGUAAAAACUGGAUUUCUGGCCUGGGCCCGGAAAAACUUCACCUAAACAAGAUUGUUUGGCCCGGAACCCAUGAUUCCGGAACCAAUAAGAUUGGGAUCAGGAUGGUUUCUAGACCAUUUGCCCAAUGUCAAUCUUGUUCUAUUUAUCGACAACUUGUACUCGGUGCCCGUUUACUCGAUAUUCGAGUAAACGAGAACCGAAAAGUGUGUCAUGGAAUUUUAACCACGUAUAGUAUUGACGUGGUUAUUAAUGACGUAAAAAAGUUUAUUUCAGAAACUGAAUCUGAAAUAAUUAUUCUUGAGAUACGUACUGAAUUCGGGCAUAAUGAUCCACCCGAAUUCGAAAAGUACUUGGAGGAACAACUAGGGGAAUACUUGAUCCAUCAGGAUGAUCAAGUAUUCCAAAAAACCGUUGCGGAGAUUUUACCCAAACGGAUAUUAUGCGUUUGGAAGCCUCAAAAAUCCGCCCAACCAAAAGCGGGCAGCCCGUUUUGGAGUUCGGGUUACUUGAAAGAUAACUGGAUUGAUACCGAUUUGCCCCAUACGAAAUUCGAGAGUAAUUUGAAGUAUUUGAGCCAACAACAACCUGUGACUUCGCGAAAAUACUUUUAUAGGGUGGAGAAUACGGUGACGCCACAAGCUGAUAACCCGGUUUUGUGUGUGAAACCGGUUACAAACCGGAUUCAUGGGUAUGCAAGGUUGUUCAUAACGCAAUGUUUCUCGAGAAAUAUUGCGGAUCGGUUACAAGUAUUUUCGACUGAUUUUAUUAAUGGAUUUGUUGAUGCUUGUGUUGGUCUUACUUGGGCAAGGAUUGAAGGGAAAGGUUAAUUUUUUACUCCGUCUUACGUUAAAAAGGAUCAAAUCAUGCAUCAUGCAAUAUUUCAUUUGUGCAUAUAUUGUCAGUGCUUGUAUAUGUUUUUAUCUAAAUACCUAUUUUGUUCUGGUUUGUAUUCAUUUCACUUUUGUGUGUAAAAAAGAUUAUUUCUAUAUCUGUGAAGGUUAUUUAAAUUGAUUGUGAAAA